CUGUAACAUGGUAUCCCAAAUGAAAUAUUUUCGAAAAGGACGUAUGUCAACGAAUUAAAUAGGCUUUAAGGCUUUUUAAAUUACGAUGUAACAUUUUUGCUUAAUUUUAGUUUUGGGGUAUAAAACAGCGAAGUCUUUGGUAAAAAUUAUCAGAAGCAGAUCAAGAACCUCCUCGCCGAAAAGAGUUGAGUAACCCCGCUCCUCAGUGAAGAGAGUUGAGCCCUGAGCGACACCAGCCACCGCUUACCAGCCCUGAGUCGACCCCGGCGCUGUGCAAGUGAACACUUCAAGCUAAAACAAGUUCCACUUCUGAGCACUAUGUCCGAUUCAGAAUUUGAAGUUAUUCCGAAGCAGGGAUCUACAAAGAAGACUCCUGCUGCACGCCAAAUGAAGCGUUCGCGAGCCCCUCCGUCGAUUUCGUCGAUUGACCAGGAGAAUACAAAGAAGAAAGCAAAGACACACGACAUCUUCGGGCUAAGUCACGGGCGCACGGUCGGCAAUGAAGGAAGCGACAAGAGGAUCGUAUCGUACUUCGUAAACAAGGUGGCGAACGGGUCAGAGCGGCGUACAACUAGCUUGGAUGGCGAAUACGUGGUGGACUUGAAGAUAUACCAUGCCAACGACGUGAACAACACUGAUUCAAGAGAAGUCUGGCGCAAGGCUCUUCUACGAAUCAAGCUGCAGACUCCGGAUGACAGCGAUGAGUGGAAGUUGUUACAGAAGCUAGUUACACGAAUUGACAAAAACUUUGAAGAUGAACCACGAUUUUACUCUGACAAACAUGUAGAUUGAACACGAUUGAACAAAUAAAAG